GCGGCAGCAUCACGGAGGAAUGGUCAGUAUCCGUGUCACUCCGAGGUUGAGAGGAAAAGGGCAGAAGAUAUAAAAGCGGGCGCUGGCUGCUGCAUCUCAUGAGAAGAUAACAACAGCAUCACAUUCCUUCUUCCACUCACUCAGUCUCCUCUCUUUCUGCAAAGCACCCCUCGUCAGUAUGGUUCGCGUUACUGCCACCGUGAUUGCCGGCCUAGCUGGUCUAGCCGGCAUGACCUCUGCCCAUCCGGGCCACGACGUGCGCGCGGAAGCCGCGGAGCGUGCUGCCUUUUUGAAGCGUGCUCCCAUGCACGCUCGCGGUCUGAGCCAGUGUGCCAGCAAGCUCAAGGCCCGUGGCCACGAGAGCAGCAAUAUCGCCCGUCGCCAGGCGACGCUGGAUUCUCUGCGCCGUCGCAAGGGAUUGUCCACUCGUGCACCUCUGCUCAAGGCCCGCGACCUGACCACUAUCCUCAACACCUCCCACCUGUCCUCGUUGGAUGUGACCGAGAACACUCAGGACUAUGAUACCUUGUUCGCCUCCAACGCCAGCUGCGUGCUCGGCCCGGACGUCACCCAGGGUCCUUACUACGUCAGCGGCGAAUUGAUCCGCAGCGACAUCGUCGAUUCCCAGGAGGGUGUCCCUCUGUACCUGGACAUCCAGCUGGUAGACAGCAGCACCUGCGACCCCGUUCCGGAUGUGUACAUUGAUUUCUGGCACUGCAACGCCACCGGCGUCUACUCCGGCAUCCAAGCCAGCGGCAACGGCAACUCGAACGACGCCUCCAACCUGGACGCGACCUUCCUGCGCGGCAUCCAGCAAACCGACGACUCGGGCGUGGUGCAAUUCCAAACCAUCUUCCCGGGCCACUACACCAGUCGCGCGACUCAUAUCCACGUCCUAAGCCACAACCCCAACACCACAACCAGCACCAACGCCAACGACACCCUGACGGACGGCCUGUACAGCACGACGGCCAACCACGUGGGCCAGCUCUUCUUCGACCAGGACCUGAUCACCGAGGUCGAGGCCACCAGCCCCUACAGCACCAACACCCAGGAGCUGACCACCAACGCCAACGACUCCAUCCUCUCCGAGGAGGCCGACUCCAUCGACCCGUUCGUCGAGUACGUGCUGCUGGGCGACUCGAUCAGCGACGGCGUGUUCGGGUGGAUCUCCCUCGCCAUCGACUCCGACGAGUCGUCCAGCAUUACCCCCGCCGCUUAUUAUACGGCCGAUGGGGGCGUGGAGAAUGAUUCUUCGUCCGAUGGGGGUUCCGGUGGGGGUUCCGGUUCCGGUUCCGGUAGUGGAAGCGCGCCUAGUGGGCAGAGUUCGGGGGCGCCGGGUCAGGGACAGGGGCAGGGUGGUCGGCCUUGAGCAUUGAAGGCUAGUUGGAGUGGGGGUUCGGGGUCGGGGAUGACGGGUUUGGAGAGGGUGUAGUCUUUUGUUGGCUGUGGGUGUGGUUUGGUUGGUUUUGAGGAGGGGACGGGAAGGGAGGGGAAGAAGCUGC